AUGGUUCCUCCUAGAGCUGUGGUAGAGCUGAAGGUUCCUCCUAGAGCUGUGGUUGAGCUGAAGGUUCCUCCUAGAUCUGUGGUAGAGCUGAAAGUUCCUCCUAGAGCUGUGGUAGAGCUGAAGGUUCCUUCUAGUGCUGUGGUAGAGCUGAAGGUUCCUCCUAGAUCUGUGGUAGAGCUGAAGGUUCCUCCUAGAGCUGUGGUUGAGCUGAAGGUUCCUCCUAGAUCUGUGGUAGAGCUGAAGGUUCCUUCUAGAGCUGUGGUAGAGCUGAAGGUUCCUCCUAGAUCUGUGGUAGAGCUGAAAGUUCCUCCUAGAGCUGUGGUAGAGCUGAAGGUUCCUCCUAGAGCUGUGGUUGAGCUGAAGGUUCCUCCCAGAUCUGUGGUAGAGCUGAAGGUUCCUUCUAGAGUGUGGUAG